CUACUGCCACUGGCGCCGAACCCCUGGGGAUGGCUCGGCGUAUCGCGCUGCCACGUGUCGUACCAUGCCCACCUCCAUCCCUCCCCAUACCGCUUCCACCACCAUGCAGGCAACUGCACACAGCCGGACGGCAGCUGCUGUCGACAUUCGCAUCGCCCACCUGCCUCCUGGCUGAUCGGCACUCAUGCAGGACCACAGCCUUUCGCCGCUUCUGCCAGUCAUCACCACCAGGUGCCGAAGGCAGCCGGGCCACUCAAUCUGAUGGAUCUGUCCACCGAGUGGCUAAGAGCCUCUCCAAUGCGCAGCGGAAGCGCAUCGCCCUCUCCCUCCCCCCUCAGCUGUUGCCGCAGAGGCUCCGCGCGUACGUGCAGAAGAUGCGGGAGCGGAUGGCGGCCGUGGGGCGUAGGAAGCACGUUGAGGCGGCGCGGCUGCGGCUCAAGGCGGCGCUGGGUGAGCUCAGGCGGCGGCAGGGAGUGAUACGGCAGGCCUACCAUGCAAGGCGGGUCAAGCUGACAGAAAUGAGGCGGAGAGUUGUCAAGAGAUCGAAAGCGGUGAGGGCGGAACGGACAAGGGCGUGGAUAGACGGACAGAUGGAUGCACAAAUUGGCGCGGUGUUGGGUAUGUGCAGGUUGCGAAGAAGAUGGGUCACGGUUUGGUGGGCAUGUGGCACAAGUACGGGUGGAUCGGCAUCGGCACCUACCUCUCCGUCUACGUCUCCACCCUCUCCCUACUCUUCGCAGCCGUCAACACCGGCAUCUUCACGGCAGACGACGCCAAGCGGUACCUCGAGAGCCUCCCGGAGUUCUUCAGCAAACACAUCGACGCGUCCAAACUGUCCUCGGGCGUCGACACAGUGUGGGGCCGGUUCCUGGUGGCGUGGGUGCUGACCAAGAUUGUGGAGCCGGCCAGGGCCCUUACGACCGUGGCUUUGGUGCCUCUGGUGCUGCGUGUGAUGGGCAGGGGAGGGCCGGCCGGGCAAAGGGCGGGGGCGCUGCUCAAGAAGGCCGCUGGCAGCAAGGCAGGAGGAGGGGCUACCGCCGACAAGGCCAAGGGGACGUGACUCAGACAGACCGAUGUUGUGUGUGUACUCGUUAUGCUCAUGCCGUCGUCGGUUUGUGUGCUUCCGCCAGGGAGGGUGUCAUGUCUGGUUUUGAUUGCGUGUCCGCUAAUCAAUGCCGGAGUGGCUGCUCUGUCUGGUGGCGCACACCGAGUGGCGACGGCAGCUGCGAGACUGAUUGCUACUUGAUAUGUGUGUCGAUAGCUCGUUGGCGAGCUGCUCUUUUCAGACAAGCGACGCGACAGACAGAUUUUGUUGCCUCCAAUACGAAUCAACCUGACGCGACCCGACGACGCUUUGGAUGGUUGUUCUUGUCAAUGUGUAUUUUGGAGCAUUUAAACUUGAAAACGUCGUCAUAG